CGCUAGUUCCCAUAAAAAUAAAAAUGAAACCAAAAUUGUGCUUUUGGUUAGGUUCAAACACAAGCUAGUACAUAGAGAGAAAAGCUGAAAAAAAAACAUAUUUAUUAUAAUGGUAUAUACAAUGGUGACUCCAUUGGUCGCUCGUUUAGUGAAUAUGUGCAAUUUGAAAAACCAAUUAUUGAGGCACCUUCACAUAUCCCAGAAAGCUCUGGUUUUUCACGAGGUAGACCCAAAGUCCGGCUACCCACAUAUAUCAGAUUAUAAAGAGGAAAAAUUGAAUCCUCUUCAAAGAAUCUAUAAAGGCUACUUCCAAUUUAUUGAAGAAUGUAAAAAACUGGGUGAAGAAAUAAAAGAUUCUCUCCAUGUCGAUCCAACGUUGCUGGUAUAUCCUGAAGAAGUUGAUGUUCAGUGGAAAUUCAAUGGAGAUCCUAAAAUUCUCGAUAAGUGGAUUGUCACCUGCGACAGCGACUACAACCAUGGAUUUUCCAAAGCGACUUUAGAGUUAUCAUCAACUGGAGCUGGAGUAUUUUCUGGAAGGCUUGACACGCGUGUUCCAAAAGAUGGUAUACUUAAUCUUGCUGGUUUUUGUAAUAUCAGGUCGGUCGUACCUCGUGGUCCCUUCAAAAUUGUAAAACCGUUCCAGUGGUUUCGUUAUACGCACUUGAUAUUACGAGUUCGUGGUGACGGACGUUCAUACAUGAUUUAUUUGCACUUGAAGAAUGAAUAUGACAUCAUGUGGGCAGAUCUUCACGGGUUUCCACUUUAUACUAGAGGUGGGCCGUACUGGCAAUAUGUAAAAAUACCAUUCUCCAAAUUUUUUUUAACUAAUAGGGGUAGAAUUCAAGACUCACAAGCACCUAUCCGACUUUGGGAAGUUUUAUCCAUAGGUAUUACUGCAACCGGCAUACCAGGACCUUUCAAUCUUGAAAUAGAUUAUAUUGGAGUUCAACAGGAUCCCAAACACAGAGAAGAAUUUGCUUAUGAAAUGUACAAACCACCGCAUCCCUAUUAUAUAUAAAAAUUUUCAUCCACAAUAAUUGAGAGCAAUUCCUUGAGUGAAUAUACUUUUGCAUAGUAAAUUAUUGCAUAGUAAUUACGAACGAUAUUGACAUUGCGAGUGAAGUG